AUGUCCGGUCAAGGACAAGGACAAGGGGGUUUCAACCCAGGCGCAUACGUCUUCAGACCAGGAGGACAGCAGCCAUUCGUUCCCCGGCAACAACAAGAGCAGGGGCAGGGCCAACCCGGAGCACCCGGUCAACAGGCAUACGAUCCAUACUCGGCGUACGGGCAGCAAGCGCCCUACGGCGGCGCGCAGGGCGGGUAUGGCGGGUACGGCGGGUAUCCGCAGCAGCAGGGGUAUGGCCAGCAGUACCCCCAGCAGGGAUACGGUCAGGCCCCGCCACCCCAGCAGUACGCCUACCAGUCUGGCGGAGCGCAGCAGUACGCUCCCCCACCACCCCAGCAACGGGCGUAUCAGCCGUCAGCGCGGCAGGUGCAGGGAUUCCAGCCGCCAAACUUCUCGAGCGGGAGUGCGGCGCCAGGGUCGGGAGUAGGAGCGGGGGAGGCGGGCAAGCCGGUCUCGUUGUCGAUUGGUGGAGCGAAGGCUGCGCCGAGCUUCAGUAUAGGCGGAGGAGCUGCGAAGGCUGCGCCGAGUCUCAGUAUCGGGGGAGGAGCGCCAAAAGCUGCUCCGAGCUUGAGCAUCGGGGGUGGGGCAGCCAAGGCGGCGCCUAGCCUUAGCAUUGGAGGGGCGGCCAAGGCGGCCCCAAGCUUGAGUAUUGGGGGAGCCAAGAAGGAGGAGAAGAAGGCGGCACCUGUCGAGGCCAAGAAGGAGGUCAAGGAGACAAAGGAGGAUGAUUGGGAUACCGACGCUGCAACGACCUCGAAAGAUGCGACUCCGGCUUCUACCAAACCCUCCACCCCUGCCCCAUCCGCACCCGCCGCUGCCGCCGCCGCACCUAGCACCGACGCCGCCGUCAAGGUCGUCGCUGAGGCGCCCAAAUCCACCACCGCAUCCUCGGCUGCCGAAUCCACACCCGCCCCUUCCUCAUCCACCAACUUUUCCAAAAUAUCCGCCAAGAACGACGCGGACGCCAUCUACAAAGAACAGGCCGCGGCUGGCUCAGACGCCAUGCGCGACUUGUACGGCGAGGACACCAAGGAUCCCAACCUAAAGUCCCAUCUCAACAUCAUCUUUACGGGGCAUGUCGAUGCUGGAAAGUCCACGAUGGGCGGGCAAUUGCUUUUCUUGACGGGCGCAGUGGAUAAGCGGACGAUGGAGAAGUACGAGCAGGAGGCCAAGGCAGCAGGAAGGGAGACGUGGUACCUGUCCUGGGCGCUGGAUAGUGGAAAGGAGGAGAGAGCAAAGGGCAAGACGGUCGAGGUGGGACGUGCAUACUUUGAGACGGAGAACAGGCGGUAUACGAUCUUGGAUGCGCCAGGGCACAAGACGUAUGUGCCGAGUAUGAUUUCGGGGGCUGCCCAGGCGGAUGUGGCGUUCUUGGUGCUUUCCGCGCGAAAGGGAGAAUUCGAGACUGGUUUCGAGCGCGAGGGUCAGACCAGAGAGCACGCCGUUCUUAUCAAGAACAACGGUAUCAACAAGCUCGUCCUGCUUGUCAACAAGAUGGACGACCCUACCGUUGCCUGGGACCAGGGCAGAUACGACGAGAUCAAGUCCAAGAUCACUCCUUUCCUCAAAUCUAUCGGAUUCAACCCCAAGACGGACCUCACCUUCAUCCCCGUCUCUGCACAGGUCGGGGAGAACAUGAAGGAUCGCGUGGAUAAGAAGAUCGCGCCGUGGUAUGACGGCCCCGCGCUCCUCGAAUACCUCGACAACAUGCAAAUCAUGGACCGAAACCUCAACGCCCCCUUCAUGCUCCCCGUCUCGGAAAAGUACAACGAGAUGGGAACGACCGUCAUGGGCAAGAUCGAGUCUGGGCGCGUCAAGAAGGGCGACACUCUCCUCGUCAUGCCGAACCGCGCGUCCGUCGAAGUCGCGUCGAUCCUCACGGAGCAGCAGGAAGAGCUGGAGCAGGCCUUUUGCGGUGAUAAUAUUCGGCUCAGGCUGAGGGGGGUCUCGGACGAGGAUAUCUCGCCAGGGUUUGUGUUGACCUCGGUCAAGGCGCCGGUCAAGGCGGUGAUGGCGUUCAAGGCGGAUUUGAGCAUUAUUGAGACCAAGAAUAUCAUUUGUGGGGGGUACUCGGCGGUGUUGCAUGUGCAUACCCUGGCGGAGGAGGUCACAAUUACGUCUUUGCUGGCUUACUACGACAAGAAGACCAAGAGAAAGUCCAAGCGUCCGCCCCAAUUCGCCAAAGUCGGUAUGCUCGUCUCGGCACUUAUCGAAGUCAGCGCCCCAAUCUGUAUCGAACGGUGGGAGGACUACAAGAUGCUGGGGCGAUUCACGCUCCGUGAUGAGGGUAAAACCGUCGCUAUUGGCAAAGUGACCAAGUUGAUUGAGCGGUCAGAGGACAUGCCCGAUGUGUCCAAGCUGUCGGUGGCGGCUGCGUAA